AAAAAUGGCAAGUAAUUGGUACAUAAUGUUUGUGUUUUCACUUGUAGUACUUGUCCAUGUUGUUACUGCAAGAAACAUUCCUCAGGCUCAGAGUGAGGGUGUAACGGUAAACACGGAGGUUAUAAGUAAAGCUCCAACACCUAGCAAAGGCCUUGAUGACAAAAAGAAUUUCAUCUCAUUUGGUGGAGUUGGUGGUUGGGCUGGAAUUGGUGGUUAUGGUGGUGUGUUGCCUACUUUUGGUGGCAUUGGUGGCGCUGGUGGAAUAGGCGGUGCUAGUGGAAUCGGAGGGCUAGGUGGUCUUGGUGGAUUUGGUGGCGGUGUUGGUGGUGUUGGAGGACUUGGUGGUGGUGGUGGUCUAGGUGUUGGUGGUGGAGUUGGUGGUAUUGGUGGCAUUGGUGGUAUCAAACCCUAGGAACAUUUUAAUUUGUUGUUGUAAUUUUGUCUAAUGAAACUUUAUUUUAGUAGUGCAUGCAUGUCUAAUUAUUAUCCUACGUUUGUAUUUUUGAAGUUUUCAUGUAUUAGUAGUAUUUUCCUAAGUUAAUUA